AUUGGUGCAUGAGAAAGGCUGCCAAGAGGCUGGUUAAGCACUAAAAGCGGUGAUUACGCAUUCUUUGUUUUGCUAUGUACACUCGAUGACACUUUUGGAUACUAUCGGCUUUAGCGUUGCCAUUACCAUGACCACGGUUUCAAAUCCACGACUCGCAUCCAUGAUACAAAAGAGAUACGAGAACAUGGCGUACAACUACGUACUAGUCUACCUUUCGGGUGCAGAUAAAGAGUUUUGGUCAACAGGUCGUGACUCGUGAUGAGAGUGUCAUAUGCCUUGCUGGGUUCUUU